ACUCAUAAGUAGAUUGUAAGUUCGCUGAUCAGCGCCAGCCUACACUGCCUGAUAACAUACGUUUCAGCAUCACCUUCGGUUGCUGUAGGAAACGGCAAACACGGUAAAGAUAUGAAUCAACAGGCAAGACGUGAGUGAUAGCAAGUGAAAAGGAUCAAUCACAGGAAGACGUAAGCGUCGACAAGAGAUAACUACAGCUGAUAGUCAUCGGCGGACUCCGUCAUGCGGGGAAGUUUUCUGAUAAGCAGAUCGACUUGUAUCGUUCAUGCCCCACAUCCACAAGCAUUUGAUAACUUCUGAAGGCUUAAAAGCCCAGCUACGAGCAUCUUCGGGGUUGAAACGCCCCCCUGGGAGCACGUUAGGCCUACACAAUGGCAACAAAGUACAUUGAUCGUUCGAUCCCCCGAAUCUCCCUGGCCGAUUUCGACCAGCGCAUCGACGAGAUCACCGCGGUCCUCGUCCACGCCGCCGAGAAUGUCGGCUUCUUCACGAUCGUCGAUCAUGGUAUCUCUGCCGAUGAGAUCGAGACCAUGUUCGCGACCGCCGAGCGCUUCUUCAACCUCCCCGACGACGUCAAGGCCACCGUGCCGUGGAAUCCCAACAAUGUCGGGUGGGAAAAGAAGUCUCAGGUCAGGCCAUCCACAGGCCAACCGGACACCAAGGAAUCAUACCAGUUGCAGUUUGGAGAGAACAUGGCCAACAUGUGGUUGGACGAUGUCCAUCUCGCCGGGUUUCGAACAACCUCCUUGACCUUCAUGCAUCGCGUGCAGGCUGUGUCGGAACAAUUGAUGCGGUGCUUUGCACGCGGGCUCGGCUUUGAGGAAGAGUACUUCAUCCAGUGCCAUGAUGUGUCUCGUCCCAAUGAACAGACGACCAUGCGACUGCUGCAUUACUUUGCUCUGCCGGAAAAGCCUGACGGGCACACUUACCAUCGGGCGGGUGCCCAUGCCGACUGGGAUUUCCUGACGUUGCUGUUUCAGAAGGACGGGCAAAGCGGACUGGAGAUAUGUCCCGGUCGUGAGGCUGUGACGGAGUUUGGGAUCGGCGACGAAUGGACUCCUGUGGACGCGCGCACGGGUGAGAUCGUCUGCAAUAUUGGGGACCUGCUCAUGUCGUGGUCGGAUGAUCGCUUCAAAUCGACGUUUCAUCGUGUGAAAGCUCCGUCCGAGCCGGGGGAUUACUAUGGCGAUCGGUACAGCAUUGCAUAUUUUAAUCAGCCGUGCAAGGAUGCGCUCAUCCAGGGUCCGAAGAAGAAAUAUCCCAUGCUGACCGGGGAGCAGUUCAAUGCGCAGGCCAUGCAGAGAAAUUUUGCUGCCUUGCAGGAGAAGCUGAAGACCAUGGAGGCGUCAGCCUGA